GUUGACACCCAGGCACCAACAUCUUCCUUUGUAUCUUCUCUCAACAAACAGCCAUCGGCACAUACAAUACAAGCCAAGGCAGGGCCGAGGAGAAGGCAGGAGAAGAGUAAUCAAGCAAAAAGAAAGUAAACCACCAAACGAAGCCUCCAUGAAGGGACCCGAACAACGUCAACACCACCAUAACAAAGACAGCCCUGAGACGGAGUUAAGGAGGACCCAGCCCAGCCUCCAGCCCAUGCCCCCUCCAAGGACCCUCCCAUGCUGCUGAAGACCACCAUGACCACCAGGGAGAAGGUCCACAGCCUAAGGUUCAACCAGGAUCAUGGCUGCUUUAUUUGUUGUAUGGAUUCAGGCGUGAGGAUAUACAAUGUGGAGCCACUUGCUGAAAAGACACAUUUAAAAAAUGUGGCCGGCAGUGUUGGCCAUGGGGAGAUGCUGCAUCGGACAAACUUGAUAGCAAUGGUUGGUGGGGGUGCUGUCCCAAAGUAUGCAGACAACACUGUCCUCAUAUAUGAUGACUGUAAAUCCAAGCUAGUCCUAGAAUUUACUUUCUCAGCCCCAGUGUUGGCUGUCAGACUCAGGAAAGACAGAUUAGUAGUGGUGUGUCAGCGACAGAUCCACGUAUUUUCUUUUCCACAUUCUCCUCAGCGACUCUUUACUUGUGAGACUCGGGACAAUCUGCUGGGACUCUGUGAAGUAUCCCCACUCCCAUCUGCUGACAGACAUAUAUUGUGCUUCCCGGCACACAAACUUGGUGCUGUACAGUUGGUGGACCUUUUGACAACUGAAACAACUGUUUCUCAAGCUCCUUUUACCAUCCAAGCACACAAGAGUGAAUUAGCAUGCUUGAGUAUCAACAGAGAAGGCACAUUGCUGGCAACAGCCUCCCUGAAGGGCACACUCAUUCGGGUGUGGGAAACUGCCAGGAGGGUGUUGCUGGCUGAGCUAAGAAGAGGCUCUGACCCAGCCACUGUGUAUUGCAUAAACUUCAGCAGUGAUAGUGAAUUCCUCUGCUGCUCCAGUGACAAAGGCACAAUCCACAUAUUUGCACUCAAAGACACUCGCCUGAAUCGACGCUCUACGUUUUCAAAAAUAGGUUUUCUAGGAGGAUACAUGGAGUCACAGUGGGCCUUAGCAAAUUUUACUGUUCCUCCUGAGUGUGCAUGCAUAUGUGCAUUUGGAGCCAAUUCUACUGUAUAUGCAAUAUGUGUUGAUGGGACUUUCCACAAGUAUGUAUACAAAGCAGAUGGUACUUGCAACAGAGAAUCAUUUGAUGUCUACUUGGAUCUUGUUGCAGAUGAAGAGUUCUAAUGACUUAAUGUGAUUAAAAACUUACACAACAAAAUGUAAAUAAAUAAUGGUUGUGAAUAUGCAUAAAAGUUUUGACUCAGAAUUAAGUGCCAGUGACUGGUAAACUAACAUUAAAUAUGCAGCUCAUGAAGUAACCAUUUUUUUUUAAUAUACUGCCAUGUUUGUGUUGUGAUACCUAGGGUCUUGUUAGUUUAUACUGAGACAGAUAAGGCCAGUUGCAAUCAGAGGAACCAAGGAGAAAUGUUUGGGUUUGCUGACUUCCACUAUGUGUAAUAUUGUCAGUGAAGAAAGUAGAAAGUCAAGAGUUCUACUUAAGUAACUACAGCAUGCAUUGUUCAAUGAAAAUUAAAAACAUUGCAUGCAAUUCUUAUAAAUGAAAUAAAAUUAACAAAAAGGCAGCAAUUAAUUAUUUCAUAUGACAUCACUAAAUGGUUAUUCAUCAGAAUGUUUUCCUCCCAUUUGAGGUGCAAUGGGACCAACGUGGGAAUCAAACUGAAGAAAAUAUUGUUGACCUUUGGAGUUGUUGAAUUAUUAACUAAUUCUGAAGCUCAGAGUUACUAUUUUCAGGUUGAUGUAAGGCUACAAGACAGUGUAAUUAUAACUUUGUAUACUUAUAUAUUUUAGCUCAUUUUAUUAUACUGUAAAUGAAAUGUCAAUAUUAUCUUUUCUA